AUGGAGAAGGUGGCGGCAUCGCUUAACAACCUUAGUCUUGGGUCAAAUAUUCCCAGCUUGGUUGUUGAUGGUAGCAACUCAUCUGCUGCCGCUCGAUCUCAAGCUGUAUUCAGCAGAGCUAGUGGAUCUGAUGAUUCCCAGAAGGCUGAUUCCAGCUCAGAAUUGGGUACUAAGCCUCCUAGCCUGGAUGGGAAAAGCAUCACUUCUGGAACCACGUUUGCCCUUGACGAAAAAGAAUCUCUCCGCCCGGAUGACAGUGCCAGCGUUAAAGCUGCCGCCGAGGAUGACGAUUCUUUCUCGAUCCGGGGAUCUCUGAUUGCUGGCUCACGCAUGAGUUCAGACCUUGCUGCCAGAGCUAGAGGCAUACAGCUGGGAGAUAUGCCGGAUCGGCGACUAGCGCAGCCAGUAGCUGGAGGUCACGGACAUGGCAUCCUGACCCCCCAGAGCACAUCGUCAGAACAACCAGCACAGAACGCAUUGAGAAGCGUGAGCGGGUCAUCGGACGCCCUGAAUGUUAUUUACAGACAAGCCCCCGAUGAUAAACUCCUCGAAGCGUUAGCGGCUCCAAGAGACAGGCUUUUCCUCCUGCGAUUGGAAAAAGAUGUCAUCGAUUUCGUCCAGGAUUCAAAGCAACCAUACAUGGAUCUUCCCCCGUCGAAUUCGUUUUGUAGGAUGUUGACCCAUAAGCUAGCCGACUACUACCAUAUGACGCACUCGUUUGAGCCCCAUAUCGGCUCUGUUCGCAUCUUCAGAACGCCUUUCUGUCGAGUGCCGCCGUCUCUGGCAACAAUGAUACCCCAAACGACUGUUUCAACUAGUAGCACUCCCCCGCCAGCAGUUUUGCCAAGGAAGAUCAUGCGUCGAGGGCAAGAUGAGGAGGGUGGCAGCGGCAGCGCUGGAGCUUCCAAGACUACUUCGGAGAAUGGCAGCGAUUCCAAAGAUAAACAGCCGCUCAUCAGUCAAAAGUUGUCUCGAGAAGAGCGAGAAGAGAUGUACAAACUCGCUAGACAGCGAAUUUUCGGAAACUCUGAAGAGACACCAUCUGAAGCAGAUGGCGAAUAUGGAGUGUCCCGAGCAAGCUCCGUUUCUGCUAACAAUAGGUCUACUGCCAGUAAAAAGGCAAAGCCUGUCAAACAGCGGCGUGAUGAUACAGAUGGCUUUGAUUCUAGGCGCCAGUACGCGCCUUAUUGGGGGCCUCAACAACAGACAUGGGUGUCUCAGCCACCUAAUCAGUUUGUCCCUCCCGCGAACGGACAGUUUAACUCGCAGCCUGUUCCAUCUUACCCUGCCCAGGUGGCCACUGCGUACAACCAGCAGCCUCCUGGCUACCCUGCGGCGCAAGGAAUGGCGCCAAAUGCGCCUUAUCCAACUCCGCCCCAGCCUGUGCAGCAACGGUACCCUCCAAAUGGGAGCCCGAUGACAGCAUAUGGCUCGCCCAUCUUGCCUGGUGCUCCUCCACCUAACUGGCAACCUGGGUUCAGUCCCGCACCUUAUCCGCCUCGAGGACCUACUCCGAGCGGCCCUCCUGCGCAGGGUGGAAUUCCGUACGCAUUUGGGCAACUGCCGGCAAAUAUAAACCCUCAUGAUCCCAAGAGCCAGCAUCCAAUCCCUGGAAGCUACAAUAGGAAUCACGCUUUCAACCCCAAGACACAGUCUUUUGUGCCGGGGUCGAACGGGAUGCCACCACCUAUGCAGCCGCUCCAGCCGCCCUUUACGGCGCCGGGAUCUCACCACGGCAGUCCACAAAUCGGGACUCCUCAUCUAGCCUACGGCGGAUACCCAUCCGCGAUGCCACCUCAUCCAUAUGCUGGUGGAUAUAACAUGGCUCGACAAGGCUCGAACAAUUCCAUUGCUGCAUACCAUACCCCACCCCCUCUUGUCGCUCCGCCUCAUGUCCAGCAUAUGCCGGCAAUGCAAAGCCUGCAACAUAUCCCACAACCCCAGCAUAUACCCCAGAACCAGCAGGUGCAUGUUUCGGGUCGAGCAAAUAUCCCUCAGGGACCGAAUCAAAUGUUUAGUACUAGUAGUCAUUUACCUGCUUACGGUAAUCCAGCAACGCUGCCACAGAAGCCAGCUACUGGAAUUUAA